UCUCAUUGGCUCCAAGAGUGCUGGCCAGUUGAAGCCGCCGUGUCCUCUGCUGGCUUUGGGUUCUGCUCUAUCUUGGCUGCAUUUGGGGCCAAAGUUCCCAGUGGGAGACCAAGUUAACAAAUUGCCUUCUCCAGUGUCCUGGAGGAACCUGAAUGUUUAAGGCCCGCAUUCUGCUGAAACAGCAUUGAAGGCCUUUUGCAUUUCUUGGGUUCAAAAGCAAGGCUGCAGGCAAUAACAGGAUGCUAUGGCUAAGAGGAUGGGUCCUCCAGGUGCUGAGAAAUGCCCAGGGAUUCUGUGGGCCUCAUGGGCAGCAGCCACCUCUACCUGACCCUCAGAAGAUUGUGGCCACCUGGGAGGCCAUCAGCCUGGGGAGGCAGCCAGUGCCUGAGUACUUCAACUUUGCCCAUGAUGUGCUGGACAUGUGGAGUCAUCUGGAAAAGGCUGGGCACUGGCCCCAGAUCCCUGCAUUCUGGUGGGUCAAUGGCAAGGGAGCAGAGGUCAAGUGGAACUUUGAGGAGCUAGGGGAGCAGUCCAGGAAGGCGGCUAAUGUGCUCCAGGGUAUGUGUGGCCUUCAGCCUGGGGACAGGAUGAUGCUGGUGCUCCCGCGGCUCCCAGAGUGGUGACUGGUCAGCGUGGCAUGCAUACGGACAGGGGCUGUCAUGAUCCCGGGCUCUCAGCUGACAGAGAAGGACCUCAAAUAUCAGCUGCAGGUGUCCAGGGCCAAAUCCAUUAUCACCAGGGACUCCCUGGCUCCGCGGGUAGAUGCCAUUAACGCUGACUGUCCCUUCCUCCAGUCCAAGCUACUGGUGUCAGACAGCAGUCAGCCAGGCUGGAUGAACUUCAGGAAACUCCUGUGGGAGGCAUCCACAGAGCACAACUGUGUGAGGACCAAGAGUCGAGACCCUCUGGCCAUCUACUUCACAAGUGGCACCACCGGAGCACCCAAGAUGGUUGAGCACUCCCAGGCCAGCUACAGACUGGGUUUUGUGGCCAGUGGAAGGCGGUGGGUGUACUUGACCAAAUCAGACAUCUUCUGGAACACGUCUUACACUGGCUGGGUUAAGGCAACUUGGACCCUCUUCUCUGCCUGGCCUAAUGGAUCUUGUAUUUUUGUGCAUGAGCUGCCCCGAGUUGAUGCCAAGAUUAUUCUGAAUACUCUCUCCAGGUACCCGAUCACCACCCUCUGCUGUGUUCCCACCAUCUUCUGGCUGCUGGUACAGGAGGAUCUCACCAGGUACCAGUUUCAGAGCCUGAGGCACUGUUUGACUGGAGGAGAGGCACUGAAUCCUGACGUGAGAGAGAAGUGGAAGAGCCAUGUGGGCCUGGAGCUGCAUGAAGGCUAUGGCCAGUCUGAAACAGUUUUAAUCUGUGCCAAUCCAAAAGGCAUGAAAAUCAAGUCUGGAUCCAUGGGGAAAGCGUCCCCACCUUACGAUGUGCAGAUCGUGGAUGAUGAGGGCAACAUCCUACCUCCAGGACAAGAGGGGAAUAUUGCUGUCCGAGUCAGGCUCACCCGGCCCUUCUGUUUCUUCAGUUGCUAUUUGAACAAUCCUGAGAAGACAGAGGCAUCAGAACGAGGGGACUUCUACAUCACGGGGGACCGAGCCCACAAGGACAAGGAUGGCUACUUUUGGUUCAUGUGAAGAAAUGAUGAUGUGAUUAAUUCCUCAAGCUACCGGAUUGGGCCCGUUGAAGUGGAAAAUGCCCUUGCUGAGCACCCUGCUGUUCUGGAGGCUGCUGUGGUCAGCAGCCCAGACCCCAUCAGAGGGGAGGUGGUGAAGGCCUUUAUUGUCCUUUCUCCAUCUUACUCCUCUCAAGAUCCUAAGAAACUAACUCAGGAGCUCCAGGAGCAUGUGAAAAGGGUGACUGCUCCAUACUAGUACCCCAGGAAGGUGGCCUUUGUUUCAGAACUACCCAAGAUGGUUUCUGGAAAGAUCCAAAGGAAUAAAUUGAGAAGCCAAGAGUGGGGGGAGAUGAGAGGCAACCCCCGAAAGGCCCCUUAGGCCUCUGAAGCUUCUAAGAGGAACUGGUGGGAUCACUGGUUAGUCCUUGUCUGGGGCAUCAUCCCUUCAACCCUGUGAACAUCGAAGGCUUUCAGUUCCAAAUGAGCAGGACCCUGGAAGAGAGCAGAAGAAUGUCACUAACCCAGAUGCACAGCCCCUGCCAGCCUAGUGUAUGUUUGAUGGCUUGACUUCCCCCUCCUCUGUCUGAAGGCAUCCUCAGCAGCUGCUUACUGUCUUAUUUCCAGCUGAUCCUCUGAGGACAGGUCGCCAUAAAGUCAGGGCUCCUGUGAUCUCAUUCACUGCUGGUGGGGAGUCACUUGACCCUUUUGAUAAAGCCGUUUGGUAAUCAUAUCCAGGGUCGUGAAAAAUUGGUCCUACCCUUUCAUCUGGAAAGUCCAUCUUCAGUAAUUACUGUAAAAGAAAGGAUUCAAGGAUAUGUACUGGAGCAUUGUUUAAAACUGUAACAACAACCCAAAAAAAAGGGAAAAAAAAAACAAA